AUGGGUGGUGGCCGCAUCGACUGCUACCUCGACAUAGCCUCCCUCUUUAGCUAUGUCGCCUUUGUCGACCUAAUCGGCAACCUCGACAAGCUCGCCGCCAAUGGCGUAGAGGUCGAGUUCCACCCCGUCUUCCUGGGCGGCAUCAUGCAGGCCUCCGGGAACAAGCCGCCGUGGACCCUCCAGGCCAAGGCCAAGUACCUCUCGUACGACUCGCGCCGCGCCAUGGCCUCGCGCGGCAUCACCAACUGGGCAUCGCCGCCGAACCUCUUCGAGCUCGCCCGCACCCAGUCGCCCCUGCGCGCCCUGCACCACAUCAAGGCCAACUUCCCGCCCGCCGCCCUGCACGCCACCUUUACCGCCCUGUUCCGCCGCUUCUGGGCCCCUCCCCACGCAAACUUCACCGACGACGCCGUCCUCGCCGCCACCCUGGCCGAGGUCGUCGACGCCAAGGGGCAGAGGGUCUUCUCGGACGAGCAGGUGCAGAGCAUCAUGGCGGCCCGCGACGGCAUGAAGGACGCGCUCAAGGCCGAGACGGGCAAGGCCCUCGAGCUGGGUGCCUUUGGCGCCCCUUGGAUCUGGGUCACCAACGAGGCCGGCAAGGCGGAGCCCUUUUUCGGCAGCGACCGCUUUUGCCAGAUUUACAACCAUCUGGGCAUCCCGCACCAAGACGUGCAGGUCCUGGCUCCAGGGGCCAAGCUGUGA